AUGAACGACGAAAGUGAGCAAGGCCCGCCACCGCAGCAGCAACAGCAACCGCAACCGCAACAGCUAGACCAGCAGCAGGCGCCGCUAAUGCAGCAGAAUCAAGAGGCGCCGCAAGAAAGCCAAUCCGAGCGGCCGCCCGAGCGCGAACGCGACGAUGUGUGCCGCGAUUUUCUGAAAAACAUUUGCAAUCGCGGUUCGCGCUGCAAAUUUUACCAUCCUCCUGAUGCGCGGUCCACUAGCAGCGGCGACGAUGAUUACAAUUUCUGUAUAGACUAUCAGAAUCGAGGCUGCGAGCGCAAAAAUUGCCGAUUUGUACACGCGCCACGCGAUGAAGUCGACCGCUACAAGGAGACGCGCGAGCUGACGCUUAUACUUGCGCGCGCCAUCGCCGCCGUCAGCACCGGCGACACAAUCGGCGGAAUUCCGAUCUGCAAAGAGUUCCAGAAUAAUCGAUGCGCGCGCGGUGUGAGCCGCUGCCGCUAUUGGCACGUGAACGUGGAUCUCGAGCGCGAUCGCCGCCGUCGCGGACUACCGCCGACCACCGAUUUUCCGAGGGCCGGCUUCGCCGGUGACAUGGGCUAUAACUCGGCGAUGGGUGGUGGCGCGAAUGGUGGUGGUGGGUAUGGUGGUGGAAUGGCCAACGGCGGCGGCAAUCUUCGACGACGACCAGCGCCUGAUGAGUAUGACAUGGACAUGAAGCGUCCGAAAAUCGCCUAUGAUCGCGUCUUCGAGUUGGAGAAGCGCAACGCCGAACUCCAGAAGGAUGUCGACGCGCUGAAACGCGAGCUUCAGCGCGAACAGGAGCGCUACCGCGAUCUCUACAUGUUGUUCAAGCAGCAAACCUCAGGAAUGCCGACGACAAAGUCCGCCGCCCCGCCAGAAUACUACGCCAAUUGGGCGACGCCCGCCAACGCCACCACCGGCGUCGCCAAGUGGUGA